AUGAAGCGGCCCGCUGGCGCGAUGAAGCGGCCCGCUGGGGCCACCAUCCCAACCAAGAAAAUGAUGUCGAAACGCUCAGACAAAGCGUUCCGCCCUUUCCCAGUGCCUAAGCGCGGCAAGGGCAUCAUGGGCCGUGACCAGAGUGCCAUGAAGCAGAAGAAGAAAAAGAACAGCAUGAAGGAGGACAUGGUGUCGAUGCUGAUCGAGGACAACAUCUUGAUUGAUUGGUCGGGCCGCAUCUGUCCGCACUGCGGGCAGGGCAAGCUCGGCAAUCGGCGUGUCCAGGCGGACGGGGCGGUGAAGUGGCAAUGCAACAGCGGUCGGCGGCGCGGGAAGCAGGUGGGCGCGUGCCACGGGCACCCCGUGUUCAGCGACGGCAAUGGACAGAGCAAGAUGUCGCUGAUGAACAAGAUCCACCUCCUGCUCAACGUCAACCACAAGGCUAUCGAACGCAUGUCCAAGUACCUGGAUGCAGCCCGCCAGCGGUUCGUCGAGAAGAAGGAGGAGGAGAUCGUGUUCGGGGGCGACAAGGAGUGGGUGGACGUGGAAGCGGACGAGACGGUUUUCCGCGCGGCGCUAUCAGCUGACAAGAAAACGAAGGAAUGGGAGCAGUGGGCUGGCUGCGUUGAGCGCGGGCGCCCACAGAGCUUGGUACUGCGGCGCACCAACAACGACACGACCGUCCCGAAGGCGCCAGGCCCUGGGGCAAUCACCAAGUCAGACUGGAAGCCGUUCUUGCUCAGCCGCCUGCAUCACCAUAAGGUCAUCCUCCACUCCGACGGCGCCAAGAGCUACAAUAUCCGGGCGGAUGGGGUCCUACAUGACUGGGUCGUGCACGCGCGGAAGCGCAAGACAAUCUGCGGCAAGUGGGUGUGGCUCAAGCCCGCGUUCACCAAGCUGGUGCGUCACAAACUGCCUGAGGGCGGCUCCAUCCUUGUGAAGGGCGGUACGCAGAUCGUGGACAGGGCCUGGCAGUUCUUGAAGGAGCACAUCGGCAGCCGCACUCUGAAGCCCAAGAGUAGGGCACUGGCCAGCAGGAUUCGUUCGGGACAGUGGGAGCACUGGAACAAGGGCAACGACCUCUGGGUGGCCACGGGUGACAUGAUCUACGAGGAGAUGGGCGGCGUGUACUGA